CCCGCAAUCCGCCAUCCACGAUCUCUCCCGCUUCGUAAUUGCCCUCGAUAGCUGGCGCGACCACCUUCGAAACUUUGCGCAUAGACUGCUGAAGCGUGGAUCGAAGAGGGUAGCUUUGCAGGUGGUACGCGCCUCUUACUCGAGGCUUGCGCGCCGGUCGCUCACUACAGUCGUUACAGCGAACACAAGAAGAUAUUAGAGUCGCAUAAUACGAAGGCGCCCGUGUCCGUUUCUUUCACCUGCUACCGUGCAAACGUGCCAACAAUACCAACUCUCUUGUACAACCGCGCAACUUUCUAUUCUCCGCCUGCGCAGCCAUGUUCUUCCUCAAGGAGCUCGAGAAGACGAUCCAGCUGCAUCCCUCGUACUUCGGUCCGCUCAUCCGUUCGCACAUUCACAAGGAGCUUCUGCAGAAGGAGGAGGGCUCGAGCACGGGGAAAUACACCAUUGUGUGCAUAUUGGACUCCUUCGACAUCUCAGAUGGCCAAGUGAUGCCUGGGUCAGGUUCUGCCGAGUACACUGUUCACUACAAGGCUAUCGUAUGGCGGCCGUACAAGGGCGAGGUGAUGGAUGGUAUUGUGACCUCGAUCCUUCCCUCUGGCUUCUUCGUGGACUGCGGCUCCCUGCAAGCUUUCGUCGGACGCAACAUGAUUCCAUCUGAUAUCAAAUUCGAGGGUAACGCAGCACCGCCCCAGUGGACAGAUGGCGCGGACCAGGUUAUCGAGAAAGGCACGAACAUCCGCAUCAAGAUCAAGGGUAUCCGUUCUGAGGUCGACAAGAUGUACGCUGUAGGGACGAUGAAAGAAGAUUAUCUUGGCCCUCUGUCGCAGUAGCCUUACCACAACGACAUCCUUGGCGAGCACGGCCAAGACGCGACAAUGCAGCAGACUGUGGCAAUCCUUUUAGCUGAAGAGCUAUCACCUCACGCUGAAGCGUUGAACUUGAGCAUAUAGUCUGAGAGUCUAAUUGAUGACCUCGAACCCACUGUUCGAAGGGCCAUUAAAACAUCAGUUGCUGGAAUUUUGAACACAAUUCGCGAAGUCAAAGUUGAAGUGACUUCGACGAUUUCUCGUACCCAGUAUGCAUACAACCAAUCGCAUUUAUUAAGGCGUAUUCCAGACUGCAAACGGGGUGGCGCAAACGUCCAGGUGCUCCUCACCAUUACCAAAUGUUCAAGUAGAUGCCCCAAAAAAGGGUCUGAAUAAAAAAUCAUUCGUC